CAUUCAGGACUCGCCCUCCAGGCCUCUCCUCCUCGGCUUCUUCUCUCAGAACAUUUCACAAACACAUUGAUUGAUAUCUCUCCACCAUGGCUAGACAGCAACAGCGAUACCGCGGUGUCCGUCAAAGGCAUUGGGGCUCUUGGGUGUCCGAAAUCCGCCAUCCUCUACUGAAGACUAGAAUUUGGCUAGGCACAUUCGAAACGGCGGAGGACGCGGCGAGAGCCUACGAUGAGGCAGCUAGAUUAAUGUGCGGGCCAAAAGCACGCACAAAUUUUCCAUGCAACCCAAAUGAGCCGCAAUCAUCUUCUUCAAAGCUUCUCUCAGCAACUCUUGCAGCAAAGCUACAUAAAUGUCAUAUGGCAUCUCUUCAAGUGACAAAGAAAAAUAAUGCCACUAAAAAAACACAUGAACCUCAAUAUAACCCAUUUGCCACUAGCAAUGGCAUUGCCGGAAAAAGUGUAGAAUCCGGCUCUGCUUGGCCGGAGGGGAAAUGGGUUGGUGAGGAAAGUGAAGUUGGGAAUAGCCAGCAGCAAGAUAAGGCACUUGAAGAUCAUCAUAUAGAGCAAAUGAUAGAAGAGUUGCUUGAUUAUGGGUCUAUGGAGUUUUGUUCUGUUGCUUCAACAUAGAUGAGUACUCUUAAUUAGAAAGAUAAAAAAUGUAGCAUCUUCAUCUAUUUCCUAAUGCAACUUAAUCAAUUAUAUAUUAAAAACUUCUGAUAA